AAGCAAGCUUUAGUCAACUACAGUACAUAGUGAAGUGACAAUAUUUCCGGUUUUCUAUUUAACACCAAUAUUGCUGCAGGGAUUCUCUGUGUUUCUGCUUCGCUUGAAGAGGGGAUGAGGUUGACACCCUAAGCCCAGAGCACUGUUUGUCACCUGUGACCUGACUGAAGCUCUCUUUGGGAGUGUUUCGUGUCCUCAGCAAGGCCAUUUGGGAUAUUUAGUGGCUCCAGUGUGGUCGUUCUAGUGUUUUGAGACUUCAACGGAGUCGUGCUGACAGUGUUUAGUGCCCAGGGUGCAUCUGUCUUCUGAGUUGACGAGCAGGAUCUCACUGGAGGGAAAGACAAAGAGGAACAGAUGCACCUUAUCAUCCCUGUCUCACACACACACACACACACACACACACACACACACACACACACACACACACACACACACACACACACAGUGGCUGUUCAUCAGCUCCACACACACCCUCGCAACACACAAACACACCGUCGCAACACACACACACACCCUCGCAAUACACACUACAAACUGAGGCAAGCACCAUGUCUCUUUUAGGUGGGUUGCUGGCUCUAAAGUGGUGCACUUUGCUUAAGUGUCGUGGAGUGAAGGUUUUUCCAGUUUAGGUCCUGAUGAUUAAACCAUGAAGGAGGGUUAUGGCUAUGGGCUGCUUUGGAGAUAAAGGUGAGUUCUCAUUUUAAAAGGGUUUUGGUAGAAUGGCUCUGAGAAUCUGGGUCAGUGGAGAAGGUGGGCGAACACAGUGAUUUAGUUUCUCUUAUAUUACUGUGUGUGUGUGUGUGUGUGUGUGUAUUUAAUAGCUUAAUAAUGCAUUAUUAAUGACCAGUAAAUGAGAAGUAAAUUGUGUGUUGUUCCUGUUUAACAGAACUAAGUGAUGGUGAGUCAUUUACUGCAUUGGUGAUUCAGGACUUUUUUAUUUAACCUUUAUUAGGACAUUAGGAUUCCAACCUGGUCCUGCACAGUAUGUAGUAAAUAAUUUAGUAACAUUCAUUGAAUGAGUUCUGCAUUGCUUGCUGUUUGUGGUUUUAGGCUGGGUUUCUGAAUAGCGUCCUGUGGCAGGUAGCCUAGUGGUUAGAGCAUUGGACUAGGAACCGAAAGGUUGCAAGAUCGAAUCCCCAAGCUGACAAGGUAAAAAUCUGUCGUUCUGCCCCUGAACAAGGCCAUUAACCCACAGUUUCUAGGCCAUCAUUGAAAAUAAGAAUUUGUUCUUAACUGACUUGCCUAGUUAAAUAAAGGUGAAAAAAGUGAUAUCUGAAGAAAAAGAAGGCUUUAUUAAUACAUUUGAUUAUUUGUCUAGCUAGCAUUUAGCAGUAGGACUCUCUGACUCUACACAUGAAAUAAGUUCAGCUAACAUUGUUUGGUGGGCAUCAGGCCCAACUUUGGAAAUGUUCUGGAAUGGAUAGCCUGAAUAAUUUAGAAUGACUCUAUACCAAACUCAAUAUACACAUGUACCUCUAUAAAGACAUGACUAUGGAACAAAUAGCAUCUUUAUGUUUCAUUAUUAAUUCAAACUAUUGAGCAGUACAGUAUUGACCAGUACUAAUUAAGUCAUGAAGGACAGAGGCUGGAGCUGAGCUGAGUACCAACAUGUACUGUAACCACCUUGCUGGUUUAAAUACACACGACUGGACACACACGCAUACACACACCGAUGUCAAUUAGGUCCAAUCCGGUCUCCCUGGAAGGGAAUUCUAUCUAAAGCUCCAUUCUCAACACUUAUCUUUUCAUAUCAAUUAUUUUCCCUGGCAGACGUCUCCUUCUUGUCAGGGGAGUUUUAGCAGUGGACCAUGUUGACGCCAGAGUCUGAGGUCCUCGUGAGUAGUGAUGGGAUGGGAUGUGAUGCUAGCACACCCUGCUAGAGUGCUCCUACUGAGUUUCUCAGGGCUCGCCAGUCAAGUCGUCAGCUCCCACGCUAACGGGCUUUAUUGUCUGCCUCCCUCUCUCACAUCCCGAACUUCAAAGGCCGCGCUUAACGCUCACGUUAGAAGCGGCGGUCCCUCAUGUCGGAUGGAGAAGGCGGGGCAGAAGGAUAAGUGUCUAUCGGGAAAUGUCUCCCGGGAACAUUCAGGAGCACAAAUGUCAGCGAGCGAGAUGAAACGUGUCACUAAGAGGAGAGGCAGCAGGUGUUUUGGGAGAACAAACAGAUGAAACACAGGCAUCGUUUAGAAAACAAAUCCCACAGAGAAGGAAAAAAAAUAAUUUGUGUAUACAUCAGCCCUAACCACGCACAAACACCUUCCUUUUAUCUUAAGUCUUCUAAGAAAGACAUUAUUGAAGACGGGUGGAAACACCCUAAUUUCCCUUCCCUCCCUGGAAACACCCUAAUUUCCCAUUCCUUACUUCCUAAUGUCUCCCACCCACCCCCUCGCUUCUGCGUUCGUCUCCCUCCUAUCGCACGUACAGUAUAAUUACAUUCCCUGGGCUCGAUCUCCGUGCUAAAAUAUGCUGUGGUGCUUCCACGGGAGGGCCGGCAGCGCCUCGCGCUCACGCUGGUUAUCGCCAUGCCACAGGCCCACACUCGCUCAUUGUUCAACCCCGGCAUCGUAAUGACUUAAUACGCGUCUCACGGCAUCCCGUUCUACUAAACUUCCCCACCGCUCUACAGACUAACUAUAUUUCUGUUAUUAUUAAAUUAUUUACUUUAAUAUCCUCAGACGGCUAAGAUCCAUUUGUAUGUGAUUUGUUUGUUUAUAUAUUUCUUAGUCUCCUUGUUUUUCUUUCUUUAAUUAGCGCUGUAUUGAUAUUGCCCCCGAUUUCUUUCAUUAUUAUUAUGCUCCCCACAAAGUCCGGAUGUAAUGAGCCUGCACACAACAGCACCUAAUGAAUUACGGUUGGUUUGCUUUCGCUGCCUGUCUGGUGGAGUCUGUGGGGACUCUGACAACUGCUGCAGUACAGAUGGAUACAGUAGGAAUGUGGCUUGCAAUAUUGCCUGUGUAUCAUCUUGGAUUGAAGCAUUUCUCCAUUGUAUAGAUGAGCAGCAAGCGUUCCAGCAGUUUCCGACGAGCCAUCGCCAAUGGCCGCCGCACACUGCAGCGGGAGAUCCUAUUGGACGAGACGGGCCUGGGCGUGUACAAGCGCUUUGUGCGCUACGUGGCCUAUGAGAUCCUGCCCUGCGAGACAGACCGGCGCUGGUACUUCCACCAGAACAGCUUGUGUCCCCCUCCUGUCUUCAUGGCCAUCAUUACCAUCAUCCAGAUCGUUGUGUUCAUGUGCUAUGGCAUCAUGCUGAAUAAGUGGGUACUGCAGACAUACCAGCCAGACUUCAUGAAGAGCUCCCUGGUGUACCACCCCAGACACCGCCUCCAGGUGUGGCGCUUCUUCAGCUACAUGUUCAUGCACGUUGGGUUGGAACAGCUGGGGUUCAACGCUCUUCUCCAGCUGAUGAUCGGUGUUCCCUUGGAGAUGGUCCAUGGCAUCCUACGCAUCAGUCUGCUCUACAUGGCUGGUGUAGUGGCAGGUUCCCUGACUGUGUCCAUCACAGACAUGCGUGCUCCAGUGGUGGGGGGCUCCGGGGGUGUCUACGCUCUGUGCUCGGCGCAUCUGGCCAACGUCGUCAUGAACUGGGCCGGUAUGCGGUGUCCAUACAAGCUCCUCCGCAUGAUUCUGGCACUGGUGUGCAUGAGUUCGGAGGUGGGCCGUGCUGUGUGGCUGCGCUUCUCCCCGCCCUUGCCCUCCUCGGGGCCCCAGCCCAGCUUCAUGGCCCACCUGGCGGGAGCGGUGGUGGGCAUCAGCAUGGGCCUGCUCAUCCUGCGCAGCUACGAGGAGAGCCUGCAGAAGCAGUGCUCCUGGUGGGUCAUCCUCUUCUCCUUCAUCACCUUCCUUCUCUUCGCCAUCUUCUGGAACAUCUUCGCCUACGAGCUGCUGGGGGUGCAGCUUCCACCCGCUCCCUGACACCAAGAAGCUCUCUCUCACUCCAUUACAUUUUCCCUCUCACUGUCACAUGUCAAGACCCAGCGCCUUCGCCGUAUCCUUUUCCUGUCCGCUCAGCCAACCUCCCCGGCAAACACCAUUCAAAACACAGGAAGUUAUUUAAUUCAAAACUGUACAGAGCAGGAAUAAUUUUUCCCAAUGUACCCAUAUCAUCAUAGAAUGAUCUCUGUUUUGUGGUGGGAGGGAAUUUGGUAGAAAUAUAUGCAGGUGAAAGAUGUGUAGCUGUCUUUAUAUUCUCAUUGUGGAGCAUCCCUUUUGUCUUUUGUGUUGAAGCUUAACCCAGCUUCAGGUAGAACCUGUCAGAGAGCCAUUAUGAUUAAUACCAUGCAGCGUCAGCUCUCCUUUGCGUUCAGAGUGGGUUUAUGACCCUUGAGGUGCUUCUUACUGGACAGAUGUGUGUUCUGUCGGUAUUCCUCACAGCCCCUUUUAAAGACAUGAGGCAGAAGGACACCAAUGUUCUACUGCCCAACAUGCACCUAAACACUAGAUCUACACUGUGGAAUAAGAAUAGGAAUUCACAGGAUUAGGUAUUACAUGUAACAAGGCAUGCAGCUAGGAAGGUGGAAAAGACAGAGAAGAAAAUAAAUCAAUGCUGAAACCGUGAUAUACUAUUUCCCCACCAUCACCACUGUGGUGCUCAUGUCCCUAGUAGCCAUUGUCACUCUCAUUUUCCACCCAACCUAAAUGCUUCAGCAGGUUAGUAUAAUCUCUAGCAGUACCAUACCCUAGCCUGCUAAAGCACCAGCAUCUCAUCUGGCCCAUGCUCUAAGGUCCAAACUGAGCCGUGUGCUCUUUACACCCCCGGACACACCAACCCGCAACCUUCUCCUGUGUCACCGUCUCCAAGAACAACCACUGCCUGAUGCUGUAAGUCAGCGCGGGAACGCAAAGCGAGCGACACAGGCCUCUCUGUCUAUUCUCACUCUAACAGACGGAACUGGGGAGGGCAACGGACAUGUCAUCAUCGCCUGACCUCUGACCUUCGUGUCCCAGCGGGCAUUGGGUUCAGUCUGUCAAAGCCCAGUCUAUACCUCAGUGUCUCAUUCUUAGGGACUGUAUACUUUUGUAAAGGAAUGUACACAUAAAAAAGGAGUGUUAAUCAUUUA